AUGGUUGAGACGCACCUGCCCGCGCUCGCUGCGGACCAGGAAGCACACGUCCAGUCUCUGCUCCAGUACCCUUCAUCCACGCCGCACCUCAACCGAUUUGGGCUCUCGAUUCGCGACCCCGGUGGGGGACGCGGGCGGGGGGUAUAUGCGACUGCGCCUCUCGCCGCAGACACGCUCAUCGAAGUGAGCCCUGUGCUGCUGUUCCCGCCAGCCGAGUAUGCCGAGUACGGAAGCAAGACGCAGCUGGACGGUUAUACGUUUGUGUGGAAACGCACAGGCGGCAGGGCGGUGAUGGCGCUGGCUCUCGGGCUGGGGUCGCUCUUCAACCACCACCCGACCGCGCCCAACGUCAAAUAUGUGUUGGACCAUGCGACGCAUUCGAUCAGCUAUACUACGACGAGGGCGGUAGCGGAGGGCGAGGAGCUCACCAUCUCGUACGGCGCGGGAAGGAUGUGGUGGGAACCCCCACCGUCGCAGGAGGUGACAGAGAGGGAGGAGCAGGAAAAGAGACAGGCUCAGGACCCAGACCACGCAGCUAUGGAGAUGGGCCGCAUCGGUCUCAGCGACGACGAAGACGAACAGGAAUCCUCGAGUGUGGACAAGGCGAAGAGAGUGGAGAAUGGCAUCGAGGUUCGAAGUGCGCCUGGUCCAAGUCGGCCUGCCACGGGGCCUGCGGUGUACCGCAUUACCGCGGGCGUGGACCCCGUCACUGUGCCGCUCGCCACACGCGAUGCGUGGAUCAUCGACAUCCCGCCCACCUCGGCCUCUUUCGCGGUCAAGUUCCUGCAGAAGCAUCCUGCCGAGCUGCAGAAUCGCGACGACGGCCUGCACUCGACGCGCCACCUGCGCUCCUUCCGCACCUCGACCAGCGUCGAUCCCAACGGCCGCAAAGUCGCACGCACGCACUUCCUCCUCUGCCUGCGCACCGCCUUUCCGGACCGCUCCCGACUGGUCUCCUGGCUGCGCACGGAGGGCGGAAGUGUGUUCGGAGAGAGCCCCGAACCGUACAUCGGCCAGGUUCCGGUGAUUGCUGCGCCGACAAAGGAGAGGUUGACGGAAUGGCAGGCCGUGUGGCCGUGCAUUGUCAGGACGAAUGCCAAGGAGCUCGUGCCGGACAAUGGCGGCAAUCCGGUGCUGCUGGUGGACAGGAAGGGCGACGAGAAGAUGUGGCACGACUCACAGAGGGUGCGGUGGGCGUGGAACAGGUUCAAGCGAUGUGUUGCUCUUGCAAGGCAUGCGCUGCAACGGGCCGACGAUCAGUCGACCGUAGUCAAGGUCAAGGCGAUCGGAUCGGCCGUGCACGUUACGCAUCCUUUUGAUGCCGCGCGGCAUUUCCAGUCUGCAAACGGGGCUAUGACGUGGGAAGAGCGCGAGGGCUGUGACUGGUCGCAGCUGACCGGGCCUGGAGCUCCGAUCAUCGGUCGACUCCCGCCUUGCGAAGCCACAACAACGUGGGAUCCGCACAAGGAACGCAUCAUCUCUACUCUCGGUAUGACUGAAGCGCAAUGGUCUGCCUUCAACACGACACCUUCCGCCUCUGUAGCCGUCUACACGUCGCCCUCGCCUGGCAUAGGAACGAUCGAAGUCGACGCGUUGGAUAUGCGCGUUGCCCUGCGCAAUCCACUCAAGCAUGCUGUCAUCUCGGCGGUAUCGCGCGUCUCGACGCUGCGCGGUAUUGAUCGCUCGAAUUCGUCGCUCGCGGUUGCCAACGGUGCCGACUACCUGCUCACCGGUCUGGCGCUGUUUACGAUCUACGAGCCGUGCAUCUACUGCUGCAUGGCGCUCGUCCACUCGCGCGUGAGCGAGGUCUACUUCCUCCUCCCCUCCCCCGGCCGUGGCGGCUGCUGCGGCGCAAACCUCCCCCAAGCCUCCCAAUGCGACAGGGCAAACGACGGAGGAAUCUACGCCAUCCAGGAACAAAAAGGCCUCAAUCACGCAUUCACCGUUUGGCGCUGGAUGCACCCUUCCCUCGCCCUCCCUCACCAACCAAACGAAGAACCCGCCGAUGCACUCGACGACCUGGCAACAGAACUACACAUCGGCCUGCUAGACCCAUAG